AUGGCGGCUCUGAGCCUGCUCUGUCACCAUUAUCAUCAUCUCCACCCAUACGUCAUCCCUGCUCCGUACUGUUGCCCUUCUCUCAGACCCUACUUGUUCAUAUUCGCGAAACCACCCCAAAGCCCUACCAAAACCCCCAUCUCCGUCUCCGUUCCGAUUUUCACGAUUUAUCAGCCCAAAAAAUACAGUAAUUGUAGCUACACUGCCUCGACCUUCCCGAGCUUCUAUUCUGAGGCUCAGCAACAAACAGACGACGGCAAUCGCUUAGAAGAAGUGAGAGAAGCCAUCAGAGAGUAUCUGGAACAGCUUGGAGUUUGUGUCAUCAGUGGAGACUGCGCAUUUCUGAUAUUGGACCCCCAUUACACGGGCAACGAAGACCUCAAGAAGAUUGUCAAUGGUGGGUGGUGCGCUUGGAAAAAGGCGGUCGAUGCCAAAGGAAAACAUUUCUUCUUGCACAAUAAGUUCUACAAUCUCCUCCUCCCUCAGAGGCCCAAUAUGUAUGAGACUCAGAUGCUAAGGAAAUUUGCUUUCUGGUUUGUGAGGAGAACUGCUUAUGAACGAGAAGUAACAAAGGUUGUCUUAAAAGCAAUGGGUCAGGUGAGCAAGAUUGUGGUUAUUGCCGAAAUCAUAAAGCCAAAGCUAAUGCGAGACGCGUCCUCCCUCGAAACUCCAAGCUGUUCCAGAUACUCUCUGAUGGCUUCUCUCAAUUCUUCUAAGCGAUUGCCGUCAGUCGAAGCUCGGGAAGGUCGAGGCAGUGUAGCUACAAUUACUGUAUAUUUUGGGCUGAUAAAUCGUGAAAAUCGGAACGGAGACGGAGAUGGGGGUUUUGGUAGGGCUUUGGGGUGGUUUCGCGAAUAUGAACACACAGUUGCUCUGCCGGCUUACAUGGCGGCUCCGAGCCUGCUCUGUCACCAUUAUCAUCAUCUCCACCCAUACGUCAUCCCUGCUUCGUACUGUUGCCCUUCUCUCAGACCCCAACUGUUCAUAUUCGCGAAACCACCCCAAAGCCCUACCAAAACCCCCAUCUCCGUCACCGUUCUGAUUUUCACGAUUUAUCAGCCCAAAAAAUACAGUAAUUGUAGCUACACUGCCUUGACCUUCCCGCGCUUCGAUUCUGAGGAUCAGAAACAAACAGACGACGACAAUCGCUUAGAAGAAGUGAGAGAAGCCAUCAGAGAGUAUCUGGAACAGUUUGGAGUUUCGAGGGAGGACGCGUCUCGCAUUAGCUUUGGCUGCCCCAACGAUUUGAAGAUGCUGAUCGACGGCGUCCAAGACCUUGACGACUGGAACUCGUGGUCUGCCGCCGCAGGGCCCGGUGAUCAAGGGCCUGUACAGUUUAAAAACAGAGUGUAUCAGAUAGCCAAGCAGAAAGGGGACAAAGGUAUUCUCCCUUUCCUGGAGAGCGAAGGACUUCCUCUCUCCUCCGCCACUCGCUUGGCACGUUAUCUCUCUUCUUCCGGCUCCAAUGUGCUACCUCUCCUUGUUCACAAGGUGUUUAACAAUCUGACUGGCUCAUUUUCGGCAUUUUUUUGUUCACUUUUUGUUCUUUUCUCCUUAAAGUGGCUAUUUUCAUGUACAUGUGGUUGCAAAUUUCUGAAUUUUCUGAUUUUCUUUUUCCCUUCGCAAGUUAAGUAUGUGAAGGAAAUUUUGUUUUCUGGUAGUCUUGAUUCUGAAUUUAUUGGGAAAAAUGCUCGGCGUAUGAUGACACACCUCUCCAUUUCUGUCGAUGAGGACGUGCAGCAGACUUUGGCAUUCUUUGAAAAGGUUGAAGCAAGGCGUGGAGGUCUGAAUCUCUUGGGUUCUGAUAACACCUCUUUCCGGUACCUCAUUGAAUCUUUUCCACGUCUUCUUUCUCUUCCAAUAGAAUCGCGUCUAAAGGUAACUGUGAAGGUCUUGGAAGAUAUUGGGGUUCCUAAUGAACGAGUCAGAAAU